AGAAUAUUCAUGAGGCGCAGAGGCGUUCUUUCCACCUGUGCAAUACGUUGGAGAAUGACAAAUAGAGGGGCAACCGCGCCAACUCAGCCAUCGUGCUCAUCAUUUUUUCUGUAGUUCGUUCAUUUUCCCUUAGGAGAAAAGGUCCGAUCUACGAUUAUUGCUGGGUUGUUGGCACCCAAAACGCAUAUCUGUGCAGACGCCUCCUCCUCCUCUUUUCGAAUUCAGCAAUUUACACAGUACAGUUCUACAAUUAUUAAUCUGCUUCGGCGAUCGACUCUGGAACCAGGAAAUGGCUACAGAGUCUGAAAAUGAUCUUGGUGAUACUGCUGGCACUGCACCUAUCACAUCUACAGAUAAUGAGGCAAAGACAAAAAAGAAAAAGAAAAAGGGACUACUGUCAAGAAUGUGGAACAGUCUAUUUGGUUCACACAAAGAGGACUUUGAGAAGAGAUUGCAACAUAUUUCCAAGGAGGAGGCUGCUGUUAUUGCCAGAACAGUUAAGCGAUCUCAUAGUUGGAGAAGGAUGAGUAGGCAUCUCAUUAUACUUUCUGUACUUUUCGAGGUUAUUGCAGUGGCUUAUGCUGUCAUGACAACAAGAUCACUUGAGCUAAACUGGAAAAUGAGAGCAUUGCGGGUUUUACCGAUGUUUCUUUUGCCCGGAUUAUCCUUUUUUACGUAUUCGACGCUUAGAAGCUUCACUAGGAUGAAAGAACAAAGGGAUCAGAAAACUUUGGAAAGGCUUCGAGCUGAAAGGCAAGCCAAGAUUGAUGAACUCAAAGAGAAGACAAAUUUCUAUAUAACGCAGCAGCUUAUUCAGAGGUAUGACCCUGACCCAGCAUCUAAGGCAGCUGCAGCCACUGUGCUUGCAUCCAAGCUCGGUGCAGAUACUGGCUUAAAAGUUUAUCUGGGAGAUGAAUCUAAGUUUAAUGCCCCUGCCGGAACGAGCAAUGAUGUAGAAAUUCUGCAGUACGCUGGACUGAGAAAUAGGAAGCAAGCCAGAUCUGGUAGUGCAGGGAGUGCUGUAUUGGAUCAUCGUGAAGGAGAAAUGCUUCAUGAUGUACAGCUUGAAGGUUCUAGUAUGAACCAACAUCAGCAAAUGAUUGUCGAGCAUUACAAUCCUACCUCUGUGAGCGCACAAGAUGGGGGAUGGCUUGCACGAAUUGCAGCAUUGCUUGUGGGAGAGGAUCCAACUCAAUCUUAUGCUCUUAUCUGCAGCAACUGUCAUAUGCACAAUGGACUUGCUAGGAAAGAAGAACUCCCCUAUAUAACCUACUAUUGUCCUCACUGCAAUGCCCUGAAUGGGACUAAGCAACUUGCUGAUGGCGCCUCUAGUUUACUGAAUAUGGCAUCCACAACCAUUGUGGCCGAUGCUGAUUUGGUCAAGCAGGACAGUGGAUCCAUUGCGGAGAGAGACUCCACAAGUAGCAGCCCUGCAGCGGAAACAACAGAAGGUAACAAUACAGUCUCCGAAAGUAGCAGCCCUGCAGUUGCUGCUACAGCAACAACAGAAGGUGACAAUAUAGUCUCCGCAAGUAGCAGCCCUGCAGUUGCUGCCCCGGAAACACCAAAAGGUGACCAUAUAGGCUCCAGUAUUUCUAGCAGUUAAAUAUGUAAUAGUUUGAAUGGAAUUGUGCAGGCAAAGUGUAUUGAAUUGUGGUGAUUUUCCGCUUAGCUUGGUAAUGUGUAACUAUGCAUCUCUUGUAAGCACCUAGUAGAAAUACAAAACUCAGAGAUGGCAGCUUCCCGAGCUGCCUAAUAUCCAUCGUUUUGUAAUCAAGACUAUUACACAUUUUCAGGCAGUUAGGUCCUGGCAAUUUUUUCGGGUUGCUGAAUCCGGCAGUUUCUUUUCUUUUUCUUGAUUCAUUUGUCUAUUCAUACUCCAAUGUACUUGGACAGGCGAUUUCUCUAUGAAACGAUUUACUAAUUAGUUUCUCCA